AUGCCGACCAAGACGCUGCCGAGCGGGGCUCAGAUCCCCGUCAUCGGCUUCGGCGCUUACCUGGACAACGACGUCGACAACUCGUACAACAUCGUGCUGUCGGCGCUGAAGCAGGGCUACCGCCACAUCGACACGGCCCAACUGUAUCACAACAAGGCGGAGGUGGGGCGCGCUGUGCGGGACUCGGGCAUCCCCCGAGAGGAGAUCUUCGUGACCAGCAAGCUCUACCUCACCGACUGGGGCUACAAGAGGGCGCUAGCCAGCGUGAGGCGGAGCAACGACAAGAUCGGGCUCGGCUACAUCGACCUCUUCCUGCUGCACGCGCCUGGUGAUGCAGCUACGCGAGCGGAGACCUGGCUCGCUCUUGAAGAGCUCCACGAGCAGGGGAUCUUAAAGGACAUCGGCGUGUCCAACUUCAGUGCAGUGAACCAGAUCGAGCUGCACCCGUGGCUCACGCGGCCCGAGACGGUUCAAUACUGCAAGGAGAACGGCAUCCUCGUGGAGGCCUACUCGCCGCUGGUCAAGGCCUUCAAGAUGAAAGACGCGACGCUGAACGAGAUCGCGAACGAGGUGGGCGCGUCGCCGGCCCAAGUGUUGGUGGCCUUCAGUCUGGCUAACGACAUUAUCCCGCUACCGAAGUCCGCCAACGCCAAGCGCCAGAAAGACAACCUCGAGGCCAUCAACGUCAAGCUCUCGGCCGAGCAGGUGGAGCGACUGGCGGCGCUGGACGAGUACUUUGUCACGGACUGGGACCCCAUUCGCGACGAGGAAGUGUGA